AUGGCCGCCGCCAUGAUCAACAACGUCUUGGAGAAGCUCCAUCUGACGGGCAACAUCCCCGCCCCUGAGGAACCCGCUCACGAAGACUACGUGAAGCUCCUGGAAAAGUUCACCAAGGCCGGCCAGGAGCAGGUCUUUGCUUUCUGGAAUGACAUCAACGCCGCCGAGAAGGGCAUGCUUUACGAACAGCUCGUCGACGUCAACCCUGAACACGUCAAUGAAAUCACCCAGCGCGCCCUGAACCCUCCCGAGCCCGAGUCCGACGACGCUGCACCCAAGCUCGAGCAGCUCCCCGAGUCCGCCACUUCCUCCAUCUACGACUCCAAGCCCGACGACCUCAACAGAUGGUACACACAGGGUCUGCAGUACAUCGCCGAGAACCAGGUUGCUGUUGUUCUCAUGGCCGGUGGACAGGGCACUCGUCUGGGCAGCUCUGCCCCCAAGGGUUGCUAUGACAUUGGUCUUCCUAGCCAGAAGUCCCUUUUCCAGCUCCAAGCAGAGCGAAUCUGGAAGAUCCAGCACCUGGCUCAACACGAGCACAGUAAGGAAGAGGUUGUUGUGCCAUGGUAUAUCAUGACUAGCGGUCCUACCCGCAAGCCCACCGAGGAGUUCUUCGAGAAGCACGCAUACUUUGGCCUCAACAGAAACAACGUCAUCUUCUUCGAGCAGGGCACUCUUCCCUGCAUCUCCAACGACGGCAAAAUCUUGUUGGAGUCAAAGUCUAAGGUCGCUGUUGCACCGGACGGUAACGGUGGUCUCUACAACGCCCUGAUCAAGUCAGGCGUCGUUCAAGACAUGUCCAAGAGAGGCAUCAAGCACAUUCACGCAUACUGCGUCGACAACUGCCUUGUCAGAGUUGCCGACCCUACUUUCAUUGGCUUCUCGGCCUCCAAGAACGUUGAUAUUGCCACCAAGGUUGUCCGCAAGCGUGACGCCAAGGAGUCUGUUGGACUCAUCUUGUCAAAGAAUGGCAAGCCUGACGUUGUCGAGUACUCUGAGAUUGACAAGGAGACAUCCGAGGCAAAGGACUCCAAGGACUCGAGCCUGCUCAAGUUCCGCGCUGCCAACAUUGUCAACCACUACUACUCGUUCAGCUUCCUCGAGAGCAUUCCCGAGUGGUCAGACAAGCUUCCUCAUCACAUUGCCAGAAAGAAGAUCCCCUACGUCGACACUGACAAGGGUGAGACCAUCAAGCCCGAGAAGCCCAACGGCAUCAAGCUCGAGCAGUUUGUCUUUGAUUGCUUCCCCUUCCUUUCCAUGGACAAGUUCGCUUGCCAAGAGGUCAGAAGAGAGGACGAGUUUUCACCUCUCAAGAACGCUAGAGGCACUGGUGAGGACGAUCCCGACACCAGCAAGCGUGACAUCUUCCGUCAAGGCACCAGAUGGCUCGAGGCUGUUGGUGCUACUGUGACGAGUGAAGAUGACAAUGCCGGUGUCGAGAUUUCACCCAAGAUCAGCUACGUAAGUACCUGCAUGAUUGCAACUAGAGUCACGGCUAACACAAAACGCACANNGGGCGGUGAAGGUCUCGAGUUCUUGAGCGAGCGCACAAUCAAGGCACCUGCAGUGAUUGAGCAAGAGAAGCAGUAA